AUGGAGGGUCCGGGCUCGGCCGCCCCCCGGCCUCUCCGCGGGAAGUCCUUUUACCUUGACCUGCCGAGCGGGCGGGACGCGCGGGAGCUGGCGGCGGCCAUCGGGCGGCUCGGCGGGGUGACUGAGAGCUUCCUAAGCAAAGAAGUCAGCUGUGUGGUGUCCAGCAACAGCGAAGCCAAACGAGACAAAGCCAGGAGCUGGCCUGAGAAGCAGAGCAAUGGAACUUCAGAAGGUGCAAAAGCCCCAAGCCUGAUGCCUUCUGCCUCCAAAGGGCAGCACACCAGACCUCAGCAGAAGCCACCAGACACUGCCCUGAUCAGCAGGGGAAGGGAACUGCUGCAGAAGGCCAUGAAGAAUCAGGACACCUGCAGCGGCAGCAGCAUCCUGGCCAGAGCUCGCCUGUGGGGAGUGCAGAUCCUGCACGUGGAUGACAUGCUGGCCUACACUCAGCAGCUGCUGCGUGCUGCCUCGGGAGCAAGGAGACCCUGCCAGAAGACAGAGGCCAAGUGCCCUGCGUCUGGAUGGAAAAGCCACAAAGGAAAACUGAAGCCUCCUUUUCUGAAGGUUGAAGACCAAAGCAGGCAGUUCCGACCCUUCUAUCAGCAGUUCAAAAGCUUUCCCAGCCUGAACCUCCUGGGCCCCAAAGGCUGCAGCCCAUUUGAGCCUCUGAAGAGCCUCCCAGAGCCUUGCAGAGCCAGGGCUGUGGAGGGCUGCCCGGUGUGCAGUGAAGGGGAGAAGAGCCCCAGGUCCACACCAGCCACUGUGCCCAAAAGGAGGAGAGGAUUUUGUGAGUGCUGCCAAGAGACCUUUGAGGAGCUGCAGGAGCACCUGCGGAGCCCCCGGCACCGCCGCUUCGCGCUGGACCCCUCGCACUACGCCGCCGUGGAUCACCUCAUCGCCCAGCUCCCCACCAGCCUCCUGCACCACUCAGCCAGGAUGCCUCAGUCCUGCCUGGCAGAUGAACACUUGGUGCCUCAAGCACAGGUUCCGGGAGGAUUUGAGCUGCUGACAGCAGAGCUGGGAAAGGAGAGGGAGCAGCCAGAGCAGGCUGCUGUGGAAGUGCUGAUUGAUCUGGAGUGUGACCACAGCCUGGAGACCAAGAGCUGCUCCCCUUGCCUUGCCCCUGGAGGAGGCUGGGGCUUCUCAAAGCACCACCCUGUGGGGCUGCCUGCCGGAGCAGGGCUUAGCAGAAGGCUCUGUGCUGUGCCUGGCACCACAGAGGAGCCUGCAGUGAGGGACACAGCUUUGGGCCUGGCUCCUGGCCUGGGCUGGGGCAGUCAUGUAGUGGCUGCUCCUGUGGGGGAGAGAACUGCUCCAUCUGAACAGCCAGGGUCUGAGAGCCACCCUGCAGGGGCACUGCCAGCCCCCAGGAAACGCCAUCUGUCCUCCAGGCAGAGCAGCCAAGUGGGAAAGAAGCCCAGGCUGGAGCUGGGGGGAGGCCUCUCUGCCUGUGAGCUGUCAGACCCAGUGGGUGCUGGGCUGGGUGCAGGGCAGACAUCAGAGGCAGGCUUGCCUGGUCUGGUGGAGUCUGGCAGCUUGGCCCUCAGCACAAAGCUCUCCAGCAGACCUCAGAGCUCCCUUGGUUUGGACCUGUGCCUGUGUUGGCACCCUGGGGACCUAAUACCAUGGGCAGGGUCCCUUGAAGCUGUGUCCAUGGGGUUCCAUCCCCCAGAGGCUGCAGCCAGCCCCAUGGGCAGGUGUGGCUGGGGCAGGGCAGGCUGCCAGGGGAGGCAGCUCCCAGGGCACAGUGAGAAGGUCCCCAGCAGCCUGCAUGCUCCUGACCUGGAGAACAGCAUGAGCCACACCAGCUGUCCCCCUGGCCAGCUGCCCUCUCCAAAGCUGCCUGUGGCUGGAGCCAGAUGUUGCUGCUCCCUCUGUGCCAGAGCAGCAGAGAAAGCAGCACCUGAGCUACCUGCCCUGCCAGGCCUCAGCAGGGAGCGGGCACCCUGCCCUGGGCUCCUGCAGCCCCUGCCACACAACACAGAGGCUGGUCACUACCUCAGCAGAAGCUCCUCAGAGUCAGACUGGGAUGUCCAGCUGCUCUCCGUGCUGCCAGGGGCCCAGGACAGCAGGCUGCAGCCCAUGGACAGGGACUUGCUCCAAAGGACACACAUCAAUGUGAGGGACAGUGGCUAUGAGUCUCAGCUCUGCUCCGUCCUGAAGCAGAAGUCAGAGCUUGCCUGGGCAGGCAGAGAGGACAAGAACUGCUGGAACUGCUUCACAGAGACCACAGGAGCCUCUUACCCCUUCCUGGUUCCACCGGUACCGGUGGAGGCUUCGGUACCGGCUCGGGAAAUGGUACUGGGAGCGGGGUGGUGGGGCGGAGAACAGGAGCUCCGGUACUGGGGCCAGGGGAGCGUGGGCGAUACCGACCCGGGGGCGAGACCGGCCCGGAGUGUGAUACCGGCGGAGCCCCGGUGCUGCAAUGCCACGGGGGUGCCAGCGGCGCUGCGGCAGCCGGGGCUGGCGGGGGGGAGCGGUGGGAGCCGGGACCGCGGGGGGGCGGCGCUCCCGGGGCCCGGCGGCCGCUCCCUGCCCGGCCCGGGGCGGAGGGACCAGAGGGAGCGGAGGGACGGGCAGGACGGUCCCCGGCUCCACGGGCCCGGCGCGGCCGCGUUCGGAUUAUGA